GUUCGGUCACGUUCGACCCUGAUUCCAUUCUUUAGGCGGCAAGAGUCAUCGCAAAACUUCCUUCCCAAAGCCAAUCGCAGCCAAAUACGAAGGUCCCUUUUGAGACGAAAGAUAGAAAGGGUUCACAAACACCAUUUCCCACCCGUUGCCCGCCAUGAACCAGCCAUCGAGAACAGAGGACGAUCUCGAACAUCCCACGUGGAACCAAAACCCGCCUUUUCUGGCCCCAGAUCUCACGACCCGCCAGGAUCUCAACGGCAUUGCCAACUCCCGCGAGCACCGUCACGGGUGCUCUGGACCGGGCAACGGCGUCGGCUUCCCCAAUGACGAGAAACAAGCCGGAGAUGGCCGAUUUCGUCACUGCGACUGCGAAUGCGACUCUCUCGCACCCUCCCCCUCUGCAAUGAGCGGCCUCAAGGGCCCGCUCAUUGCGUCCGAGACAGUACUUGGUGGUGAAGGCCAAGUCUGUCUCCCCUUUCGCCAGUUCCAGCCCCCUUCGGGCUGGUAUGGCUGGACCGCGUCCGUCAUCGUUGUGUCGACGUCGAUCCAUGUUGCCGGGAGCUAUCUCCCUGCAUUAUUCGGGAGGGCGGCCGGGUCAGCUCCUGAUGUAGCAAAGGCCACCCCCCGCCCCCUCGCAAGGCGGGAUUCGUGCGCGGGCAGCGUCGCUGGGGGCGACGACUAUAACACGCCGCUGCACGUCGGCGCCCUGCUCAUCAUCCUGGCCGUCUCGAGUAUGGCCUGCGCUGUCCCCAUGCUCGCCGCCAAGUUCCCCAUCCUCCGCAUCCCAGAACCCUUCUUCUUCGCCGUCCGCCAUCUGGGCACCGGUGUCUUGCUGGCCACCGCGUUUGUGCACCUCCUGCCCACCGCCUUCAUCUCGCUCGGCGACCCCUGUCUCUCCAACUUCUGGACCACCGACUACCCGGCCAUGCCGGGUGCCAUCGCGCUCGUGGGCAUCUUUUUUGUCAGCAUCAUCGAGAUGAUCUUCAGCCCCGCGCGCAACUCCAUCCCGCGAACGAAACCGGCGGGGGAGGCUAGCGACAGUGCCGGCACGUCCAGAGCAGGAACGCAUGCCGCACACGGCUCCAUUGGGGGUGGGCAUUGCAGCAAUGCUGCCGUUGUGGCCGCCAUAACACGUCCAUCGGCGGCCCGCCGUGCGAGCACCGAGUCAAGCCCGUCGCCAGAUACUGCCGCUGCAGUCAACCCGCCAAACCCCAAGGAGACCCUAGAAAUUGAGUCUCAGGGGUGGAGUCUCACGGCUGAGCAACGGCAUAAAAAGAGCAUUCUGCAGUGCAUGUUGUUAGAGGUGGGAAUCCUCUUCCACAGCGUGUUCAUUGGCAUGGCCUUGAGCGUGGCGGUCGGGAAUAAUUUUGUCGUGCUGCUCAUCGCAAUUGCCUUCCAUCAAACCUUUGAAGGUCUCGCCCUGGGUGUCCGCAUCGCCUCCAUCAGCUGGCCGAAAAAUACCCUUCAGCCCUGGCUGAUGGUCAUAGCAUACGGAUGCACAACACCGAUCGGCCAAGCCAUCGGCCUGGCUACCCAUACCCUCUACAGCCCCGAUUCCGAAUUCGGCCUUAUUCUGGUUGGCACCAUGAACGCCGUCUCGUCCGGGUUGCUGGUUUUUGCUGCAUUAAUAGAGCUGCUGGCCGAAGAUUUCUUGAGCGAUCAGAGUUGGUCCGUUUUGAGAGGACGGAAGCGGGUCAUGGCCUGCCUUUUCGUUUUCUUGGGCGCCAUCUGCAUGAGCUUUGUUGGAGCAUGGGCGUAAGCCCCACCGUUUUAUGCGCUGCUACUGAACUCGCUGUUGUUUUGAAGUUGUUGGAAACGACAUUUUGGAUACCGAGAGGUAAACAACGGAGGAGAGGAAAGAUGCAAUUGGUGGGACACACACAGCGUUGUCCUUUUUGGGAUAGAAAAGAGUGUGGCGAAAGACUAGAGUUGAUAAUCAAUAAAGAAGAGGAGAAAAGAGCUUGGUAACAUAGCUCUGUAUAUAGGUAAACAUCAUUAUUUAGAUUACCCCUUUUCAAUACCGAAG